AUGAAGCUGACGACGUCACGCUAUCUGGAUGGGGGCGUGUACGCGUACCAGGUUUCCGGCAGCGUGGACGGGCCACUGGAGCCCAUCGCAAUCUAUCCGGUCAAAUCUGAGGACGAGAUAUUGAAUCACGCAGUGGCCCCAAAUUUGGACCGGGCAACCUACGCCACUCGCCAUAACGUUGUGUGCAUUGACCAUGACGGUAGCGGUAUCUGGCGCUAUAGCCUGGAGCCUCGCUCCGCCCGGAGUAGCGGACAUUCCCCCAGCUGUGUAUUCUCCCUCGACGGAAAUUUGGUGUGGGUGUAUCGCCCGGAUGCGAUGGCCGAUCGUGGCCCUGAUAUGUUGGUAGUGGGCGAGGGUCAAGAUGGGGUGAGAUUUUACCGAGCGUCACUCACCGGCGAUGACAUGAACCUGCACCCCUACGAAUGGAUCGAUCGUUUCUUGAUCGACGUGGCGCCCGACGGGCAGAGUUUCAUGACUGUUGAUCACGGCCGUGAGGAUGUUGCAUUUCAUGUUUUUCCUAGUGGUGAGGUGAUCUCACACCUCUCCGUGGAUGAUUUUGGGUAUGAGUACGGGGAAUCAUUCAUGGACUGGAGCGGUGGAUUCCUCGACGCAGACAGGGUCAUCGUCUCUAUUGUGGGCGAGACUGAUAAUCAGGAGUGGCACCAUCACCAUAGUAUUGAUCUUCGCACUGGUAUUUUGCUCGGUCGCCUCGAGGCACAUUCACGCGAUAGCUAUGAUUUUGAAGCCCUGGGUGAUGGCACUUGGAUCGUCUCAGACCCUGGUGGCAAACCAGUUCGCUACCGAUUGUCCAACUGA